UUCUUUGCAGUUUUUGCUGACAAGAGGAAUAUGCCUCCUAAACACGUUAGUAGGAAAGAGCAGAGGAAACUGUACACCUCAUUGGCAUAUGAGCUGGUGAUCAUGGCCGGGACCAUCAUGCUGGCCUACUACUUCGAGUACACGGACACCUUCACCGUGCACGUGCAGGGCUUCUUCUGCUACGACACGUCCUACACCAAGCCGUAUCUGGGGCCGGAGGACAGCAGCGCCGUCCCGCCCAUCCUGCUGUACGCCGUGGUGGCCGGGCUGCCCACGCUGUUGAUCACAAUCACUGAAACGGUGUUGUUCCUGGUCCAGUACACAUCCAAAGAGUUUGAUCGCUCAGAGAAGACAGUGGCAACUGGCGACUGUUGUUACCUGAACCCGUUGGUGCGCAGAACCUUCCGGUUCCUCGGAGUCUACGCCUUUGGCCUCUUCACGGUUGACAUCUUCGUCAAUGCAGGGCAGGUAGUGACAGGAAACUUGGCGCCGUACUUCCUGACGGUGUGCAAGCCAAACUACACAGCACUUGGGUGUCAACAGGCGCUGCGCUACAUCAGCCACCAAGAGGCCUGCACAGGGAAUCAAGAUGAUGUCCUGAGGGCCCGCAAGUCCUUUCCCUCAAAGGAGGCUGCUCUCAGCAUUUACGCCGCUCUCUAUCUGGCUAUGUAUGUGACCUGCACGGUCCAGGCCAAGGGGACGCGCCUGGCCAAGCCCGUCAUGUCUCUGGGGUUCAUGUGUCUCGCCUUCCUCACUGGUCUGAACCGUGUGGCGGAAUACCGCAACCACUGGUCGGAUGUCAUCGCAGGUUUUAUCAUUGGCAUGGCCAUCGCCACCUUCCUGGUGGUGUGUGUCGUUCAUAACUUCAAAGGCAAGCUGCUGCUGAAUGAGGACUCUCCUGCUGAGCCGCAGCCCAACGCGGCCAUGCUAAACAUGGGCCACCUGGACAGUCCUCUGGAGAAGUACAUCGCUUCCCAGAAUCACAUCGCCUUCGCUGAGGUCACAUGAUGUGGAAUCAGCUGUAUGGCAGACCCAUUGGACGUCCACACUCUUUACCGUCCAGUCUUAUUAACCGGAGUGCAGCAGUAAACCAUAUGUGCGUGUGUGUGUGGGUGUGUAGGUGUGGGGGCGUGGGCGUGUGUGUGUGUGCGUGUUUGUCUGUAUGUUGUUGAUCUAUGUUGUCUCUAUCAGGCUCCUAUUGUCAUCCACAGUUUACUGAACUCAAAAAGGGGCAAAAAAAAGUUGAGUCAGUAACUCAGUGUGACAGGCUGCUUCUGCUAUCCUCCAUCUAUGCACUUAUUCUGAGUUCUUAUCAGACUCUUUCCUCCCAAAUAGGGAAUUUGAAUUCUAAAGGCUUCAACAACCAGAAGAAUUGAACAUCUUCACAUAGAGUAAAACAGUUUUGUUGCAAUACAGUCAUAGCAUAGAGAAGCACUCCCAUUUUAAAUUUUGAGAGUUUCAUAUGUUAAAAGGAAAAAUAAAACGUCUUUUUAAAUGUGCAAUAUUAGCACAUUUUCCAUAUGAGCUGGUAAAGACCAGAUCAGUUCUACUUUAUGCAAAACUAAUAGCACAGUUUACACUUUCUGUUUGAGUUGCUGACAUGACAGCAAAAAAAAUGAUCUGAACAGCAAAUUGAUAGAUGGGAUUUUUACACUGGAUGCAGAUUUAGUACUUGGUAAACUUAUUAAACUCAGACUUAAAAAAGAAAUCAAAUAUAUGUAAAAGGUUUAAUGUCCAAAAAUAAUCCAAAUUUAACAGAAGUUGUCUUUCACAGGACAACACCUCUGGUGUGAAUGAGUGAAGUUAGAGAAAGGUUUUUACCUAAAUAUGAUUAAACCUUUUCAGAAACAUUUGUCCCUGAACAGCAUUUUGAUGAUGCCAGUUUUUCCUUUCAUUUCAUUUGCUGUAGAUACAUUUGUAGUAUGUAUCUAAUCUCUGUAGAGUUGUACCAUUCCAAAAACUUCCCAACCUGCUUUUAGGCAAUAUAACCUAGCUUGUUUUGAGUAGGUCUGCUUAGAUUUUAUAGUUAUUUGUUUGCUUUCUGUAAAAUUUGUUCUUAAAAGUGUUUUCUUGUAAGAAAUUGGCCAAUAAUACAUCUGAGCUAUCCCAGUCAACACUACCUGGAAACACACCAGACUGUCCAGGCCCAUGAAUCACUUACCUCAGUUUUAUUAAGAACUUUAGAACCAGAACAAGAAGAAUUUAGUAAGUUCAAAGUCAAAAAGAUGCAUUGAAAACAGCAAACAUUUGUGGGUAUGAAUGUCUACACUAAAUGGUGGGUCUGUAUUGUAACAAAACUGUUAAAAACUUUAUCAGCCGCACAAGACAAUCAUCUUGUCUUUCUUUCAGUUCAUCCUGUUGUUUCAGUCAGGAACAGCACAUCCAACAGGACAAAGCGUUCUGUUUCUCCAGUGAAAAUAUUCAUUUAUCCUCCAUGUGUUUAUGUUUUUUUGAGAUCAGCAUCAGCAGCAUGCUCCACCAGAUAUUCUUCCUGGGGUCUGUUUACAUAAAAGAGAGAGGUUACAUUUAUAAAAAAUCAUAUUAGAGAUGAAGUAUUAAAAUAACACAUUCCACCUUCCAGCAUUUUAAAGAAAAAUACGAACAUUAGUUUAAGAUAGGGGAAUAUUUUAGAUUCCCCUCACUUAAAAUAAAUGCCAUGAUUAAAAGUGUAGUCUGCUCUGUCUUAUCCUCUGAUGCUGUCCUGUGAAACACAGAGAGAAAGACGUUUCAUCAGUCCACCAGCCAGGUCACGUCUUCUGAAUGCUGCUUUGUUGCAGAUCUCAGAGCUUCAUUCCCUGCUCCUCAUACAUGGAUUUAACACACCUUCUGUUGUAGAAAUGGUUGUUUUCCUGUUACAGCACUUAGAAACUAUGAUUUACAGUUAGGAUUAGAUCAGAAAUCAGGUGUGUCUGUGUGCACACCACUGGACAAUGAAUUCAGUCUCUUUCUGUUUAGUUAUUAUAUUCAACAAUGUUUUUCCAGAUGUAAAAUGCAAAAAAGGACAUAGUGUUCAGGAUGAACACGAGCAAAACAACAACUGAUCCUUUUUUAAUCUAAAUCAAAUCUGAUCCACACCACGUCCUAAAAUAUGUUAGAUAUACCAACGACAGGUAAUCUGUGAUUGGUUUCACAGCGAUAUUGAUAAUCAUAAUAUGUAAUUUAUGACAUCACAAAACUCCUGAGCUUUUUCAACUCUCUGUGUAUAUUGAUCAUACUGAAACAACAGGACACUGCAGCUCAGAUAUCACAGCAGUGAGCCAGUGGAGCUUUACUGAAACUCUCUACGCUAUGCAGACGCGUCAUUCACGUCUGGAUGCAGGAAGUUUGAAACAAAACUUGAAACUUUCAGCUGCUACAUUUGGUUACCACUAGGGGGCAUUCUCAGAAGGUCAGUAGAUUUUUUUAAUAUAUAAAUAUAAACUAUUCAGAAUUACAUAUCAGUAACAUACCUGAUCAUGAUGCAGCAGAGCACUGUGAAUUACUCACAACUGAUCUAAAUUCACCCACAAUAUUCAAAAUGGAAUCACAAUAAAAACAACACACACUGUUUAAGGAUUUCUCAGCCUUCAUGUUUUAUAAAUUCCCCCUCACUGCUCAAAUAACCUGGGCUGUAUUAGUUCACCAAAAGACUUGGUUUGGUACAUAUUUGGGUUUUAGCGUGACCGUUGCAUAUGAUGUUGUUGGUCCACUUCACUCAUCAAAAAUUAAUAAAAAAAAUUUAAAAAUUAUAAUUUGUUUUUAAAAAGAUCCUGCCCAUUUUUAGAAUAAAACACUUAAAUGACUUUGGAGUGGUUUUGAUAUAAAGACGAUCCAGUCUCCCAAUGCUGUUCAGAGUUUGGACAGAUUGGACGCUGCUGGCGGCUGACUGGACAUCGGCCGAUUUUCUCUAAUACUAGUUGUGUUUACAUUCAGAUUGACUUUGUUUCAAGUGAUUCAGUUUCCGUAAGAGCAGAGUCAUCUAUUCUGCUGUUUAAAGUCAUAUUUUAAAGGUGCACUAUAGAAAGUUGUUUGUGCUUUUAUGUCCACAUAUACAUUUUCUGCAUGUGUUCAGACUUGAAACAUGCAGUUCGAUUCGGUUCCUGGAACAUUCCUCCUACAAACAGUAGAAUUCCUGCUGACCUGUGAAGAAAAACAAAUUUUGUAAGCUGGUUUGUUUGCUAAGAAUUUUUGAAAAAGUAAUUGUUCAUAAGCAACACACUCAAUGAGUAGCACUAUUCUGGGAAUGGUUAUACAGACAUUUUAAAAGCAUUUAACAGCUAUUUACAAAUUGAAAUAAAGUUGAUAUACAAUCUUUACAGAUUACAGAUCAGUGCACAUAAGGCAAUCUUCUGCCUGCUAUUAUUAUUUUCUGAUAAAACCUAAAUUCUUAUAAUGGGCAGUAAUCCAUAACUAAGGAAGAAAUCUUCACCGUGGGAUGAAAAGGUUUGUGUUUUGGACUUCUGUCAUCGUGUGUGUGUUUGCUCUCCUCACAAAAGUUUUAAAAAAAACAAGAUGAAACCAUGAGAGUCUGGAAUAUUGUAUCAAUAAACCAAUAUUCUUUUUAGAUUUUAUUAUCUUGAGUGAGACUUCAUAUAACUUUCAACACCUAACAUCACGACUUGGUGAAAUAAUGAUGACUUUGUUUUAAUCGCCUCUUGACCUAAUGUGUUAACGAUAUCAAUCACCUUUGUUAUGCUGAAAGUUUGACUUCUUCAUACCUUAGAAACAGCAGAUGUUUUGGUUUGGUUGAUUUUUUUUUUUAUCAGGAAGGAAACCUGUUGGGUUCAAAUACAAUGUCACAUGGUGCAGGAAGGUGAACAUAGAGAGGAUAAAAACUGGUUUUCUUUAUGUUUUGAAAGCUUGAUGAAAAAGCCACAAUAGUCCACAUAAAAUGAGAUUUAUUACACAAUAUGGUAUUUAAAACGGCAUAAUAUGUUUGCAAUAAAAAAAGAAAAUCUGAUGUUGACGUUAGUGGUCUGUAAUGUAAAUUAACUUAUGUUAAUUUAAUAUGUUUUAUUUUAUACUCUUUUUCUGUUGAAUGAGUUAUGUAAUGUAUUAAUUUGUGGAGGACAUGAUAAAAGAGACAAUUAUUCUCAGGACUUUGAGACCAAACCAGUGAUUGAAGGAAAACCCAACUAUCCAUCCAGCUGCUUCUCUGAGAGGAGGAUGGAUGCAGAGGGGGCUGGACAGACAUAGGACAGACACAACCAUAUACUGGAGGAAAACUAAUGUCAAAUUUUACUUCUCUGUGUCGUGUUUUCACUUCCAUUCAUCCUCUGUGUCAUGUUGUAGCAGUAGCAGUCUUUCAUCAGAGGACAGGAAGAGAGGGAUGAAAAGCGAUAACCCCCCAACAUACACACUCAGAUCUCUAUUUUUGUACAGAUGACUGUAGCAGUUGUGGUCGGAGCGCAGGCAGUGCCAUGCUGACAGCAGGAGCUCUCACUGCUGAUCAUGUUGGAAACAAACAUCACACUCCAUCACCUGACUCAGUUAGUAAAGCUGAUCAAACAUAAAGUAUAUUCUAAAAGUCAAUAAUGUUCUUGUACAAUUCAAAGAAAAAAAGUGUAAAUAUGUUUAUGUUAAUAUAUGUAUAUAUAGACACAUUACUGCUGUCUAUUUUCCUAAGACUGUGCACUGUGUGACUAUUCCUUCUGGUAGAAACUGUUAUUGUUUUCCUCACGUCAGUUCAUGUUGAUCACACUCACAGAUACUGUAUGUUUCAUACUUUGUUGUGUGAAUAUUGAUUGUCAUGUUUAGUGAGAACUUUUACUGAGUUUUAUUCUAUUCCUGUUACUCUACUUGAGCCAUACAUUUUAUUGACUUGGUUUCUACUAUUUCCCACAAUCCUCGGGCUGUAUAAGAUAUAUAAUAUAUUAAAUAUUUAUUUCCUUUUGUCACAGGUGUGGCUGCUCCUUUGCUGACAUAUUUAAUUGUAUUUUUCCAUUUCAUUUUCUUAUUUCUCUGUGUUCAGUUUAAAUUGUGACCUUUUACACUGCAGAAAAGCAUCAAUCAGAAACUUUGAA